UCUCUCCAUCUCCUCUUCUCUUUCUCUCGCUCCCUUCCUCCCUGUAACUGAACAGUGAAAAUUCACAUUGUGGAUCCGCUAACAGGCACAGAUGUCAUGUGAAAACGCACAUGCUCUGCCAUCCACACCGCCUUCCUUUCUUUCCUUUCUGCUUCCUUUUACCUCCUCCCCCUUGUUCCUUCUCCCUCUUCUUUGUAACUAACAAAACCACCACCAACUCCUCCUCCUGCUGCUGCCCUUCCUCCUCCUCCUCAGUCCAAGUGAUCACAAAAGAAAUCUUCUGAGCCGGAGGCGGUGGCAUUUUUAAAAAGCAAGCACAUUGGAGAGAAGGGGGGAAAGCAUAACAAAACCCAGGCAUCAGCCAGCCAGGACAAUUUUUUUUUUAACUCUUCCUGAAAACAAACAAACAACCAAACAGCCAUCAAAACAAAACAGUCACCACCACCAUCAUCAAAACUGUUAGUGUAACAGCAGCGGCGCCUGCAAACGUCACCCUCCGGCCACGGCGUCCGCCUAAAGGGAUGGUUUUCUCAGCAGAACAGCUCUUCACCGACCACCUUCUGCCCUCGUGCUGAGCGCGGAUUUUGGGGCUCUCCGGGGUUCGGGCUGGGAGCAGCUUCAUGACUACGCAGAGCAGGAGAGCGGCUACACCAUGCGAGCACAAAUUGAAGUGAUACCAUGCAAAAUUUGUGGCGAUAAGUCGUCUGGGAUCCACUACGGAGUCAUCACAUGUGAAGGCUGCAAGGGAUUCUUUAGAAGGAGCCAGCAGAACAAUGCCUCUUACUCCUGCCCAAGGCAGAGAAACUGUUUAAUUGACAGAACCAACAGAAACCGUUGCCAACACUGCCGACUGCAGAAGUGUCUUGCCCUAGGAAUGUCAAGAGAUGCUGUGAAGUUCGGGAGGAUGUCCAAGAAGCAGAGGGACAGCCUGUACGCAGAGGUGCAGAAGCACCAGCAGCGGCUGCAGGAGCAGCGGCAGCAGCAGAGCGGGGAGGCCGAGGCCCUGGCCCGUGUGUACAGUGGCAGCAUCAGCAAUGGUCUAAGCAGCCUCAACAGUGACAGCGGCGGCAGCUACGCCAACGGGCACGUCAUUGACCUGCCCAAGUCCGAGGGUUAUUACAGCGUGGAUUCAGGCCAGCCAUCCCCCGACCAGUCGGGACUUGACAUGACUGGAAUCAAACAGAUAAAGCAAGAACCUAUCUAUGACCUCACCUCCGUCCCCAACUUGUUUACCUAUAGCUCUUUCAACAAUGGGCAGUUAGCACCAGGAAUUACAAUGACUGAAAUUGAUCGAAUUGCACAGAACAUCAUUAAGUCCCACCUGGAGACGUGUCAGUACACCAUGGAGGAGCUGCACCAGCUGGCGUGGCAGACCCACACCUAUGAAGAAAUUAAAGCGUAUCAAAGCAAGUCCAGGGAAGCGCUGUGGCAGCAGUGUGCCAUCCAGAUCACUCACGCCAUCCAAUACGUGGUGGAGUUCGCAAAGCGGAUCACAGGCUUCAUGGAGCUCUGUCAAAACGAUCAGAUUCUGCUUCUGAAGUCAGGUUGCUUGGAAGUGGUUUUAGUGAGAAUGUGUCGUGCCUUCAACCCACUAAACAACACUGUUCUCUUUGAAGGAAAAUAUGGAGGAAUGCAAAUGUUCAAAGCCUUAGGUUCUGAUGACCUGGUGAAUGAAGCAUUUGACUUUGCAAAGAAUUUGUGUUCCUUGCAGCUGACAGAGGAAGAAAUUGCUUUGUUCUCAUCUGCUGUUCUGAUAUCUCCAGACCGAGCCUGGCUGAUAGAACCAAGGAAGGUCCAGAAACUUCAGGAAAAAAUUUAUUUUGCACUUCAACACGUGAUUCAGAAGAAUCAUCUGGAUGAUGAGACACUGGCAAAGUUAAUAGCCAAGAUACCAACCAUCACGGCAGUUUGCAACUUGCACGGGGAGAAGCUGCAGGUAUUUAAGCAAUCACAUCCAGACAUAGUGAAUACACUGUUUCCUCCAUUGUACAAGGAGCUCUUUAAUCCUGACUGUGCCACCGUCUGCAAAUGAAGGGCACCGGAGAACUGUCUCCCACUCAUACAGUGCAUCACCUUUAAGACAAAAGCAAUGUGUUCAUGGAGACUCGCGAAAAUGUCACUACUGCAACAUUAGGAAAUGUUCUGCACUUAAUAGAAUUCUUUUUUCACCGCUACAGUUUGAAGAAUGUAAAUAUGCACCUGAGUGGAGCUCUUCUUUGUUUGUUUUUGAAAUGACCAUAAAUAUACAAAUAUAGGACACUGGGUGUUAUCUUUUUUUUUAUUUUAUUUGGGAAUGUUUUGGGAGACAACUGUUUAUAGAAUUUUAUUGUAGAUAUAUACGAGAACAGAGCGGUACUUUACAUGAUCACGUUUCCUGUUGAUUGUUCAAAUAUAAUUUAAGAAAAUUCCACUUAAUAGACUUAAACCUAUUUCUAUGCUUUUAGAUAGUUGAUGCAUGUGUAAAUUUGUAGCUGUCUUGGGAAGUAUUGUGCAUGUAUGUAAUAAGUAUAUAAUAUGUGAGAAUAUUAUAUAUGACAAUUACAUAUUCAUGCACAUGCACUGUGGCUUAAAAUACCACACAUACUAGCAAAGGAGGUUUAGUCAGUCUCUCUUCUAUUAUUUGCCUUCUGUGUCCUCUGUUACCUUUAUGUUAGACAAUCAAGAUUUUGUUUUCCCAGCCAGUGUGUUCAUCUACAGUCAACAACAGGGCGGUACCAUAAGAAACAAUUCUGCAAACCAGUAAAUAGACGGCAUGGCCUCUGUGUCAAAAACACCUAUUUCUAUCAGUGACAUCAAAGCCUUGUCAAAAUGGUACAUACUGGGGGGAGAGAAAUAAGAAUAACUCUUUGGAGCCAUUUUCCUGUUUUCAGAAAAUAUUAUACCAAUUAUAUUAUGGGGAUCCAUGGCUUAUUUUUUCAUCAAACAAUAGACAUUUCCUGGUUUUCACCAAGACAGAAAACAUUUUUUUCUCUUUCCCUCCACCUUUUGCAGUCAUGAAAGAAACUUGAUUUUUUUUUCUUGUGCUUAUUAUGUCUUCAGCAUAGGAAUGAAUAGUCUGUUGGUUCUGACCACCAGCAAUGUUUGUUUAAAAUUAGACUUUAAAAAGACAUCAAAAUCAAGAGACUUAACAUCAUCUCAUAUAAAUACUUUCUCUAUAACUAAAUUCUUAUGUGAAAAGGUAAAAAAAAAUACUACAGAAGGAAGAAAAGCAUUUCUUUAGAUUUAUUGGUUUUCAUAAAUUUGUUAGAAACAGAAGCAGUAAAGAGGGAAGAGAAAUUUUAUA